UGGGCGAUGUUUUGUUUUUAAUUUGUCGUGGUCGUGCACUCGAACACUUUUAUUAUGAUAGUGCGAAGUAUUGUUUAAUACAUCAGUUGUAAUAGUUUUGGCGUUUUGGAGAUCGUUAUUUUUCCGAGCAGAAAAAAGAAUCCGCUGUAUUUAAUUAAUAUUCUAAGAUAUACAAAAUAGCAAGUGCUUGGACCGAAGUACAGAAAUUACUUAAUAUUAUUUACAAAUCAGGACGGUUUAUGCCGACAGGCGACAUCAGGAACACAAAUGGAUAUUGGCGAGCUAUUGGCUUUUAAACCGGAGCAGACACCAAAGCGGCCUCACGACGAUGAUGAUGACUUUCCUGUACCAGAGUCGAACAGUAUAGGUACAGACGAUUUGCGUCGAGGAGGUGAUGAAAAGGCUAAGCGUAUGCGGCGCAUUGCAGAUGCCAAGGAGACGGCUAAUUACAGCAAGCCGCAAAAUACCAAUGCCAGUGUAAGUGCAUUUGAGUUUGAUCCCGAACUGACUGAGGAGGAGCGGGAAAAGAUUUUAAAAUAUGUCGAAAGUGAAGAGGCGGAAGGUGAAGCUUUAGAUGAACAGGGCUUAAAAAAACUGAUACUUGUGUUUGAGAAACGAAACCUUAAAAACCAAGAGAUGAGAAUUAAGUUCGCUGAUAAUCCAGAAAAAUUCAUGGACUCUGAAGUGGAACUUCAUACCGUCAUACAAGAUCUAAAGGCAGUGGCCACAGUUCCGGACUUGUACCCACUUUUAGUUGAACUACAUGGUCUACACAGUCUUCUGGAGUUGUUGGCGCAUCAAAACACAGACAUAUCUGUGGCCAUUGUUGAUCUGCUUCAGGAGCUUACCGAUGUAGAUAUAUUGGGUGAAAGCAGUGAAGGAGCCGGGGCUCUUAUUGAUGCACUCCGCAAGGAGCAGAUCUGCGCACUACUUGUGCAAAAUCUUGAACGCCUAAACGAGCAGGUUAAAGAAGAAGCCGAUGGCGUUCACAAUACACUGGCGAUUGUGGAGAAUCUGACUGAAAUCGAAGGCGACUUCGUGCGGCAGGCGGCUGAGCAGGGCCUGUUGGCCUGGCUUCUGAAGCGCCUAAAAGGCAAAUCUCCAUUUGAUCCCAAUAAGCUAUAUUGUAGCGAAAUUCUAUCGAUACUCAUUCAGACUGAAAAUGAAAAUCGUCUCCUGUUUGGCGCUCUUGAUGGCGUUGAUGUCCUUUUGCAACAGCUGGCUGUCUACAAACGAAACGAUCCGGCCAGUAACGAAGAACAGGAAUAUAUGCAGAAUCUAUUCAAUUGCAUGUGCUCGGCGCUGAUGGCUCGCGAAAACCGUGAUCGUUUCCUUAACGGUGAGGGUCUGCAACUAAUGAAUUUGAUGUUACGUGAAAAGAAAAUGUCACGCAACGGCUCUCUAAAAGUACUUGAUCAUGCAAUGGCUGGACAGGAUGGGCGUGAAAAUUGCAACAAGUUUGUUGAGAUACUGGGAUUGCGCACAAUUUUUCCGCUCUUCAUGAAAACACCAAAGCGGAAUAAGCUGCGUCUUCUGUCAGCCGACGAGCACGAGGAGCAUGUGGCCUCAGUUAUAGCCUCGAUGUUGCGAAACUGCAAAGGCACUCAACGACAGCGUAUGCUAGCUAAAUUCACCGAGAAUGAUCACGAGAAGGUUGAUCGCCUGCUGGAGCUGCAUUUGAAGUAUCUGGCAAAGGUUGAGGCCAUCGAUAAGGAAAUUGAUCAGCAACCAAAGGAUUCUAGCAUUGAUGAGGACGAGGAAGCGGAGAACAAUUAUAUCAAGCGACUAACUGGCGGUCUUUUUACGCUACAGCGCAUCGAUUACAUACUGCUAGAAGUUAGCGCCACUUCAGAGACUGUCAAACAACGCGUGCUACAAAUUUUAAAUUUGCGAGGUGCGUCGAUGAAGACAAUCCGAAGCAUAAUGCGGGAGUAUGCUGGCAAUCUCGGCGAUGGCGACACAGAUUGGCGAGAACAGGAACAGUCCCAUAUAUUAUCUCUAGUCGAUCGUUUCUAAGCAACCUCAAACACAACAAUAACACCAAUCUAAAUUAAUAAUUAAUUGUAUUUAAAUAAAAAAGAUGUCUCUUUGCUGAAUGAGAUUUCAAAAGGCCGGUAUUAUCUGGUCAACUUUAA